CAGGCGGGGCAGCGCGGAGCUGGGCUCCAGUGCGGGCGGGCGUUGGCACCAUGGAGCGGCCCGUUGGAAAGGGUCUUGGCCCCGUGGCCGGCCCCGCUGACCAAAUCCCCGAGGAGCCAACCAAGCAGGACCCUAACCCAGCGGAGCCGCCGCCACCGCCGCCGCAACAGCAGCAGCAGCAACCCGGGGCAGCGGGCGAGGCGCUGGCCGUGCUGAGCUCCUUCGGGCGGAGGCUGCUAGUGCUGGUGCCCGUGUAUCUGGCUGGGGCCCUGGGGCUCAGCGUGGGCUUCGUGCUCUUCGGCCUAGCCCUCUACCUGGGCUGGCGCCGGGUCCGCGGCGAGAAGGAACGGAGCUUGCGGGCUGCGCGGCAGCUACUGGACAACGAGGAAAAGCUCACCGCGCAGACCCUCUACCUGAGCCAUCGCGAGCUGCCCGCUUGGGUCAGCUUCCCUGAUGUGGAGAAGGUUGAAUGGCUGAACAAGAUUGUGGCCCAAGCCUGGCCCUUCCUGGGCCAGUAUAUGGAGAAGCUCUUGGCAGAAACAGUGGCCCCAGCUGUUCGGGCAUCCAAUACUCACCUGCAGACUUUCACAUUUACUCGUGUGGAGCUAGGUGAAAAGCCUUUACGUAUCCUGGGGGUCAAGGUUCACACUGGUCAGAACAAACAGCAGAUCCUGCUGGACCUAAAUGUCAGCUAUGUGGGUGAUGUGCAGAUUGAUGUGGAAGUGAAGAAAUAUUUCUGCAAAGCUGGAGUCAAGGGUAUGCAGCUACAUGGCAUCCUAAGGGUGAUCCUUGAACCACUUAUGGGAGACCUUCCUAUCGUUGGGGCUGUUUCCAUGUUCUUCAUCCGCCGUCCAACGUUGGACAUCAACUGGACAGGGAUGACCAACCUGCUAGACAUCCCAGGCCUUAGCUCUCUGUCUGACACAGUGAUUAUGGACUCUAUUGCUGCUUUCCUCGUCCUGCCUAACCGUCUAUUGGUGCCUCUUGUGCCAGACUUGCAGGAUGUGGCCCAACUCCGUUCUCCACUGCCUCGGGGUAUUGUACGGAUUCACCUGCUUGCUGCCCGGGCACUGAGCUCCAAGGAUACCUAUGUGCCAGGUUUGAUAAAAGGCAAAUCAGACCCAUACGCCAUAGUGCGUGUGGGGACCCAGGUGUUCUGCAGCCGUGUCAUUAACGAAGACCUAAACCCUCAGUGGGGAGAGACCUAUGAGGUGAUGGUACAUGAAGUCCCAGGACAGGAGAUAGAAGUAGAAGUAUUUGACAAGGAUCCCGACAAAGAUGACUUUCUGGGCAGACUGAAGCUGGACUUGGGGAAGGUGUUAGAGGCUCAAGUGUUGGAUAACUGGUUCCCCUUACAAGGAGGACAGGGCCAAGUCCACCUACGGCUGGAGUGGCUGUCAUUGUUACCAGAUGCUAACAAGCUAGAACAGGUACUGCAAUGGAAUAGAGGUGUUUCUUCCCGACCAGAACCCCCCUCAGCUGCCAUCUUGGUUGUCUACUUGGACAGAGCCCAGGAUCUGCCUCUGAAGAAAGGGAACAAGGAACCCAACCCAAUGGUGCAGCUGUCCGUGCAAGAUGUGACUCGAGAAAGCAAGGCUACCUAUAACACCAACUCCCCAGUGUGGGAAGAAGCCUUCCGAUUCUUCCUGCAGGACCCGAGAAGCCAGGAGCUGGACGUGCAGGUGAAGGAUGACUCCAGGGCCUUGACUCUAGGAGCACUGACCCUGCCCCUGGCCCGUCUGCUCGCUGCUCCUGACCUCACCUUAGAUCAGUGGUUCCAGCUUGCUAGUUCUGGCCCGACCUCCCGACUCUACAUGAAACUGGUUCUGAGGAUUCUGUACUUGGACACAUCGGACCUGUACUUCCCCACCACGCCAAGCUCUUCUGGUCUCCUGGAUAUGGCCAGUGAGAGCAUCCAGAUGGGCAGCAGUGUUGACAUCCCACCCCGACCAAGCCAUUGUACUCCAGAUGGCCACUUUGGCACUGAGAGCGUGCUCCGAAUCCACGUAUUGGAAGCCCGGGAUUUGAUUGCCAAAGACAGAUUCCUGGGAGGGCUGGUGAAAGGCAAGUCAGAUCCCUACGUCAAGCUGCGAGUGGCUGGGAAAAGCUUCCGGAGCCGGGUGGUCCGUGAGGAGCUCAACCCACGCUGGAAUGAGGUCUUCGAGGUGAUUGUCACGGCGAUUCCCGGGCAGGAGUUGGAGAUGGAUGUCUUUGACAAGGACCUAGACAAGGAUGACUUCUUGGGCAGAUGUAAAGUCAGUCUCACCAGGGUCCUCAGCAGUGGUUUCAUCGACGAGUGGCUGCCCCUGGAGGACGUGCCAUCAGGCCGCCUGCACCUGCGCCUGGAACGGCUGACCCCCCGGCCCACUGCCACAGAGCUGGAGGAGGUGCUGCAGGUGAAUAGUCUCAUCCAAACACAGAAGAGCGCAGAGCUGGCAGCUGCCCUCCUCUCCGUGUACCUAGAGCGGGCUGAAGACCUUCCGCUCCGUAAGGGCACCAAGCCCCCUAGCCCAUAUGCCAGCCUCACUGUAGGGGACGCCUCUUACAAGACCAAGACUUGCCCUCAAACUCCAGCCCCGAUAUGGGAUGAGAGUUUCUCCUUCCUCAUCAGAAAGCCAAACAUUGAGAGCUUGGAACUUCAGGUACGGGGAGAAGGGACCGGGACCCUGGGCUCAGUCUCCUUGCAGCUCUCCGAGCUCCUCGUUGCUGACCAGUUGUGCCUGGAUCAGUGGUUUCCACUCAGCAAUGGGCAGGGGCAGGUGCUACUCAGAGCACAGCUUGGGAUUCUUGUGUCCCAGCACUCAGGGGUGGAAGCUCAUAGUCACAGUCCUUCUCCCCUGAGUGAGGAGACAGAGCCAUGGGGGAUGCCGCCUCUCGUCACCUCCUCAGCCCCUGAACUCCGACAACGCCUGCCACACAGUGAGAGCCCAUCUGAAGCCCCAGCUGGGCCUCUAGGCCAAGUGAAGCUGACUGUUUGGUAUUACAGCGAGGAGCGCAAGCUGGUCAGCAUUGUCCACAGCUGUCGGGGCUUGCGGCAAAGUAGCCGGGAUCUCCCUGACCCCUAUGUGUCGCUGCUAUUGCUACCGGACAAGAACCGGGGCUCCAAGAGAAAGACCUCCCAAAAGAAGAGAACUCUGAACCCUGAAUUCAGCGAGAGGUUUGAGUGGGAAUUGCCCCUGGAUGAAGCCCUCCGACGGAAGCUGGAUGUCUCUGUGAAGUCCAAUACCUCCUUUAUGUCAAGGGAUCGUGAACUGCUGGGGAAGGUGCAGCUUGACCUAUCAGAGAUGGAUCUGUCCCAGGGUGCUGCUCAGUGGUAUGACCUCGGGGAGGACAAGGAUAGGAACAGCUCCUAGGAGCCAGGAGCUCCCCAAGCCAAGACUGUACCCCUGAUCCUUGCCUGACUCACUGCAUCACCACCUCAAUGUGAAGAGCCUAAAGCUGGGGGCUGAGGCUGAGCCCCCAAGACCCUUCCCCAUUUUCCCCCAUUAGGCCCAGGCUGAGGGCCAUUGCCUGACCAAAGAGAAGGACCACACUUUUCUCCCCGACACCUCCCCCUCUGCACGGCCUGCCCUCCUUUUGGGCUCUUGGGGCAGGUGCUUGAGCUGGCUGCUCCCUGCCCCACCCCCCCACCCAACCCCACCCCUGCCCUGCCAUGCACUGUUGUCCCUCUCCACGUCCACCUCCUUCCCUCCCCAGGGACCUCUGUACCUGUGCCUGGCCAUUGGCAACACAAGCCAAGGCAUUAGCUUAUGCCAAAUUCUGCUUUUUUUAAAAAGACCUCUGUUUUUAUUUAGCCGGCUUGUCGCUCCCUUCCCUGCACUUGGUGGGGAGGGGGUGGGGAGGCAGCAGGCCUGCGAGUCCUGAUCGGCUCCCCCCUAGGACUGUUGCAUGUGGGGGCCUGACACCGCCUGGCCCUCUUUGUCCUCCCACCGUCCGGCCUUUUGGGGUGCUGGGGCCAAUCCCUUUGUGACGGCUGAGGAAUCGGGGACGCUUGGAGUCUGCCCAAGUCCCUGAGCGUCAAUCUUGAGGCCUCUAGCAGGUGAGGUACCCACUGAGGGCCUCGCUGGUCUUGCCGUCCACACUCUGGUGUUUUGUUUUUGUUAAAGUGCCUGAGCUAUUGACUCAACGACCAGAUCGGCUUCUGGUCCUUUUUUUGUUUGCAUCAACUCUGCUUGUCUACUGUAUCUUAUAUUAAAUACCAAUAAUAUCAUA